AUGUUUAUUCAUAAAAGUCAAGGAAACAGCACUGCUGAGCUGCAGCACCUGGGGCUCCUGCACCUGGCGGUGUCUUUUUUUGUGACAACCGUGCCGUGCUGCGUUUUUCUCUUCAUUAAUCUGAUCACUUUAUUUACACUAAGAAGUAAAGAAGUGUUUCGAGAGACUUCUCGUUAUCUCCUCCUGUUUAACCUUCUGCUUGCAGACACUCUGCAGAUGGUCCACAGUCAGUCGAUGUUCCUCCUGUCUCUCGGUAGAGUAACGCUUGCGUAUCCCGUGUGCGCCAUCCUGUCAGCCGUUUAUUUUCUUUCUCACAGAAUUUCACAACUCACUCUGGUGGUGAUGUGUUUAGAGAAGAGAUAUGUGGCUGUGUGCUUCCCACUGAGGCACUCCUCUAUCAUCACCAUCAGAAAUACUAACGUGGUAAUCAUGGCAAUCUGGGCUGUCACCUCCUUAAACAAUCUCACUCGUGUUUUUUGGUUCCUAAAAUCUUCAUCAGAAAAAAUUGAGAUUUCUAAGCUUAAAGACCUUUGUUCUACAGUGUCUUUGAUUCUUGGGGCUUUAACUAACGAGUAUGACAGAGCCUAUACCUGUGUUGUGUUUGUUUCAGCUGGUGUUGCUGCAACUUUCUCCUAUGUUGGUGUCAUUAAAGCAGCCAGAUCAGCCUCCACAAAUAAAGCUUUAGCAAAUAAGGCCCGUCACACCCUGCUGCUUAAUUUAAUUCAACUUGGGCUGAGUCUUUCCUCAACUAUUUACACCCCACUUAUCAUUGGUCUUUCGAAAAUUUUAACAAGGAUAGCAUUUUCAUGGGUGCGGAAUGUUUUCUAUGUUUGUUUUAUAAUCUUCCCUAGAUGUUUGAGCUCUCUCAUCUAUGGGCUCAGAGAUCAGACCAUCAGACCUGUCCUGCUGUAUUACCUAUGUUGUCCUCUUAGAGUUGAAGUCAAUGACUAAGUCUUUCUUUCUCCCUUCUGAAAAAUGGCUAUACGGUGUCCAGAGUCAAUUUGGAAACUUGGUUUGCUUUGACCCAAGGGAAAAAAAUGGGUACAGUUCUCUCAAUACAUAUGUUGUCAUGAAGAAAUUAAGUUUAAAACUAGAAUUAAAAUUGAUAGGCAGUAAAAAAGCAUAAUAGUUAGACACUUUCAUUAAAACCUGCAUCUCAGAAUCGAAGCUUUGAGUGGACGUUUUAACCUGUUAGUUUAAAGCUUAAAUGUUUAGUUAAUAGUAUAUCUCUUAGGUUUAUAUAAAUUACUAAUCUUUAUGAUAUUCUUGUGUCUUCAUGUUUGUGGUCUGUUUGUGAUUUUAAAUAUAAAUGCACUGUAUAGAUCAAAUAUGCCUUUUAAUGUUGAGAUUUCCCUUGAUUUAAUAGUUUCAAACAUUUAAGGGAGCGGGCACUAAAGGGAAAAUAUUAAAAUGCCUCCAAGCUUUAUAAUCUAGUCUUUUAAGAAGGCUGAGAGCAUCUUGGAGAUAUUUUUAACAUUUAAAUCCAAUUGGAUAUUACCGUCACAUGAAGUUUACACUUUAAAAUAUAUCAGUGAAACAACAUAAGUUCAAUUGUUUGAAUAUGUUUUGCUUAUUUUAAGUGAGCUGCUGGCAUGUUUUUUAUGUUCAUUUUGUUUUAACUGUUUCUAUUAUGUUUUUGUGUUAAAUAUUUGAUCAGC